CCUCUUCUCGUAUUCUCACGCACCGUCCAUGGCUCGUGGUGUGGUGCUACAUGCGGAUCUGUAGGGUAGCCUGGAGAUUUUAGCAGCUCAAGUCUCUUUCGUGUAGAUUCAUAUCCAGCUCAAGUUUGGGGGAUAGUAGUAAUUGGGAGUUAGGACGUUUUGUCAAAGAUGGUAGGGAACCCUCCAGUGCAUGUCUCCACAUUGCCAAGUGCUUUAUCUUCAUCUUUGAUUACCCUACAUGGAAAUUCUUUAAAUUGCAUUUCCUGCCUUCCAUUUAGACCCCGGAGAAAAAUCAAUAGAAUAAGAGCUACAUCUGCAGAUGCAGGGCACGUAGAACCGGCAUCUGCUUCAGCAUCAAAGAAUCCACUUGCGGUUGUUUUGGACAUUCCUCGUAGUGUUUGGAGGCAAGCGCUACGUCCAUUAAGUGAUUUUGGGUUUGGUGGUAGGAGCAUCUGGGAAGGUGGGGUUGGACUGUUUUUAGUAUCAGGUGCAGUUCUGUUUGCUCUUAGUUUGGCCUGGUUGAGGGGUUUCCAAAUAAGAUCCAAGUUCAGGAAGUACACAACAACGUUUGAGUUUGCUCAGGCUUGCGGCAUAUGCACCGGAACACCUGUGAGGAUCAGAGGGGUGACUGUUGGAGAUGUCAUUCGCGUUAUUCCUUCCUUAAAAAGUAUUGAAGCAGUUGUUGAGAUUGAAGAUGAUAAAACAAUCAUACCACGGAAUUCAUUGAUUGAAGUUAACCAGUCAGGUCUUCUUAUGGAAACUAUAAUUGACAUUACUCCUCGAGAUCCAAUUCCAUCACCUUUUGCUGGACCUCUUGACCAAGAAUGUCCUAAAGAAGGUCUCAUUGUUUGUGAUAGAGAAAAGAUUAAGGGUUACCAAGGAGUAAGUUUGGAUGCAUUGGUUGGGAUAUUUACCCGCCUUGGGCAAGAUGUAGAGAAAAUUGGUAUUGCCAACACCUAUUCUUUGGCUGAACGAGCUUCUUCUGUUAUUGAAGAAGCCAAACCACUUAUUACAAAGAUCAAAGCCAUGGCUGAAGAUGUUCAACCAUUGUUAGCAGAAGUCCGUGACAGUGGCCUGUUGAAGGAAGUUGAGAAUUUAACUCAAAGCCUUACACAAGCAUCUGAGGAUUUGAGAAGGGUACAUUCAUCCAUUAUGACCCCUGAGAACACUGAACUGAUCCAAAGGUCCAUAUACACUCUAAUUUUUACCCUGAAGAACAUUGAGAAUGUUAGCUCUGAUAUUUUGGGUUUCACUGGUGAUGAAGCUACUAGAAGGAAUUUGAAAUUACUUAUCAAGUCCCUCAGCAGGUUAUUGUGAGGUCAAAUUCCAAUUUAAAGUAGGAUAUAAUGCGAUUAGGUUAUUUCCAAUGUUUCUCAUCGACCACAACAUUGAAGGGGAAAAUUAGUAUUUUGCGACUGUUGUUACUUCUCAAGUGUGGCAUUACCUUUAGUUUAUGCAUUCUGCCAUGAUAAAAAUUUGUUUUUCCUGGUCUUCAAUGAGGUGCAGAUGUGUUAUUGACUGGGGAAGCUGAUUAUUUUCCAGUUGAAGCUAUGUGAUUCAUCUGUGUAGAGCAUGGAGGUGAUUAUUAAUGGUUGUCACCUGUCACCUGACCCACUUCUCAUCUAAAAUGCCCACAGAGGAGAAUGAGUUUGAUUUCAUCAUCUUUCAAAUAAAAAAAAUUGAUGGGAGCAGCAUCAUUUUCCUACAUACAGAGCAGUUUGAUUUUAUAGGAAGUUGUUGAUGGCUUAUUUUGCAAAACUUUAUAUAGUUUUUUUUUCCCCUUUUCUUUUUUCAUCUUUGUUUCUUAAUUCAAGUGGAAAAUGGAAAUAACCUUUGUGAUUGCAAAUAUAAAGCUGUGUUCUCAACUUGAAGUUGAGAUGGAUAGUCAUUUGGUAGAUUGCUAUAUACUUCUUUCAGUGUUUUCGCGAAGUUUAUGUCUAAUGGCUUUUCUAUAAAUUAGU